UGCGGCGAGCAGCGUGCGUGCACUCGUGAGGACCUUCGUUGUAGAGAGAAAACAAGCCACAGGCUGCGGAUGACGCGUUUUUACCUCGUGCGGUUCUGACAAUACGGACAUUGAUUAUUUAAUCAGAACCAGAGGUCAAGAUGAGAUUUCCGACGGAGAAUCCGAGAAAACCGGAGAACAUGAACCCUCCACCAGUGGCAGUUCAGACUAACCUAGUUCCUCCAAAGAAGGUCCAGCCUGGCAUGCUUCAGUCCAGCCUGGUACAUGCCAGCGUGGCCACCAUGCAGAACCCGAUGGGCUGCGUUUUGCCGCGGCUCUCUGUCUCCUCCCGCCCCGCCAGCAUGGUGGCCAGCAUGGAGGUGGUGGCAGAUGGCUCAACCCCGUUCACUAUGAUGAAGCUAAAGACUGUUCUGGCUGUAUUUGUGGUGGUGGUGGUCUACCUGGUGGCAGGUGGACUGAUGUUUCAGGCUCUCGAACAGCCGUUUGAAAAUAACCAGAAGAUCGCCAUUACAUCAGAGAAAGCAACUUUCUUGCAGAAACAUCAGUGUGUGUCCCGGGAUGAGCUGGAGGCCAUUAUCAAGCGCUCCAUGGAAGCUGUGAAUGCUGGAGUGAAUCCUGUUGGUGACACUUCCUACAACUUCAGCCACUGGGAUCUGGGUAGUGCGUUUUUCUUUGCUGGAACUGUGAUCACAACAAUAGGAUAUGGAAACAUUGCUCCGAGCACUGAGGGAGGGAAGACUUUCUGCAUUCUUUAUGCUAUUUUUGGAAUCCCACUGUUUGGAUUUCUGUUAGCGGGUGUAGGGGACCAGCUCGGUACAAUAUUUGUCAAAAGCAUUGCAAAGGUGGAGAAAAUGUUCCGGAAUAAACACAACCAGAUCAGCCAGACAAAAAUUCGUGUGGCCUCCACCCUCCUUUUCAUCCUGGCUGGCUGCAUCUUAUUUGUCACCAUCCCAGCUGUGAUCUUCAAACACAUCGAGGGUUGGACGGGCCUGGAGUCGACAUAUUUUGUUGUCAUUACUCUGACUACAGUUGGAAUAGGUGACUAUGUGGCAGGAGGAGAUCGGAGAAUCGAGUACCGCAAGUGGUACAGACCACUUGUGUGGUUCUGGAUCCUGGGUGGCCUGGCCUACUUUGCUGCAGUGCUGAAUAUGAUCAGUGACUGGCUGAGGGUGUUGUCCAAAAAAACAAAAGAAGAGGUUGGGGAGAUCAAGGCUCAUGCAGCAGAGUGGAAAGCAAAUGUACGAGCAGAGUUCCGGGAAACACGUCGGCGUAUGAGUGUUGAAGUUCACGAAAAACUGCAGCGAGCCGCUACCAUGAGGAGCAUGGAGAGACGUCAGCUAGGCCUUGACCAGCGAGCAGUGUCCUUGGACAUGCUUUCUCCGGAGCGCAGGGCAAUCUUCAAUAGCUUAGACACCAACAACUACAAGACGUCUUCCCAGGAAAGCAUUGACAGUAAGUUAAAUAACCUUCGGUUGCAAGGGUCUGAGCAGUGCAACCGAAACCCUGAUCACCACACUACAUCUGAGGAUAACAUUUUUAACCGCUUGGGCUCUGUCACCAAGCUGACUAAGCGCAACAGGAAUAAGGACUUGAAGAAGAACAUCCCAAAUGAGGCACAACGGCCACAGAGUGAAGCCUUCUGUAGCAGUUUACACACUUUUGACUGCGGCACAUCAAUAGUUGAUGAAGGAAAACUAAAAGAUGAAGAAGCUGAGAAUGAAGACAAGGAGUGCAAUACCAGCUUGUCUAAUUUUUCACUCCUUGUUGAACCUUGCAAAGGACUGAAUGGAUUAACUCCAGAGCAGACCAACGAGAACAAAAGUCAGAAAACGUAACACAAAAGGCCUAUUUAGUUGGGUCAGCAGUUUAUA